GCAGGUUGUGAUGCACCUGUACUGAACACAAAAUAGUCUUGAACAGAGGCAAAGGCAAACAUUCCUGUCAGCUGCAGAAAGAGGAACUGAUAAUACUGAAAAGAGGUGAGAUCCAGAGAUUGUUCCCUUUCCGCCAGAUCCCUCCAUCUGACUGACAAGGAGCAACCUGUGGGUGAGCAUGACGUCGUUUGUGUCACAGGGCCUCUCCCCACCUCCCUGCGGGACCCAGUACCCCAGCCUGGGACAGGAGCCUCUGGAGUUCAGCAUGUACAGCGACAGCUUCUACAGCCAGCCGGGCCUGACCGCUCUACCGCAGGCCGCCCCCACCACCUACGACCUGGGAGACUACAUCAGCCCGCCGGCCAACCCGUACCUGUGGUUCAAUGGGCCAGAGCUUUCCGCGGGACCCUACGUCGGGGGACCCGCUGUCGGCGGGCACUACGGGCCCCAGCACUGCAACAUGCAAAGGCCCUACCUGGGAGCCGGAGGGCCGGCGGGGGGCGUGGGAGACCUGAGCUGGUUCUCCAUGCCCUCCCAGGAGGAGCUGAUGAAGCUAGUCCGGCCGCCGUACUCUUACUCCGCCCUCAUUGCCAUGGCGAUACAUGGGGCCCAAGACAGACGGCUCACGCUGAGCCAGAUCUACCAGUAUGUGGCGGACAACUUCCCCUUCUACAACAAGAGCAAGGCAGGGUGGCAGAACUCCAUCCGACACAACCUCUCCCUCAACGACUGCUUCAAGAAAGUGCCCCGGGACGAGGAUGAUCCAGGCAAGGGGAACUACUGGACCCUCGACCCGAACUGCGAGAAGAUGUUCGACAACGGCAACUUCAGACGAAAGAGGAAGAGGAAGUCAGACUCGGUGCUCGGCGAGGGCGGCUCCUCUGGUUCGGAGUCGCUGGAGUCCAGUCCCAAGCAUCCCAACAACAUGGGCGACGACCACGGCCCUUCCCCCUUCUCCUCGGCCCCCUGCCUCAGCAGCUUCCUGUCCCAGAUGGCCGAAGCGGGCUCGGUGCCGAACGGGGCGGAUGCGGACGCCCUCCACAGACCCGGCCUGCCCACGGAGGUACCCCAGGAGGCCUCCCCCUCCCAGCCAUAUGGCUCCUACUCCCCCAGCGCCACCGUGCCCGAGUGGGAGGUCCACAUGCCCCACCCACAGCUGCGUACCGUUUCCUCCUCUCCUCCCCUCUUCCCUGGAGGCUACAGUGACUCUGUCCUCACCCAGCUCAGCAGCCAGCUGUACCCAGCCCUGGACUCUGCCCACAUGCUGUAUCCUCGGGAAGGCACAGAAGUGUAAAGGGUCUCCAUAAUGUACCUGCGGGGAGGCACAGAAGUGUCAAAGGUCGCCAUAAUGUCCUCCCCAGCAGACAAUGAAACUGCACUGAAACCGUUACUAAAGAGUGGGUGAUUUACACUGGUUUUCUCUCUCUCUCUUAAUUGAUUGUUCCUGAUGUAUAUUGUUUGUGGCUUCAAAUGUUGUCUUUUGUAACAUUCGCUUUUAUUUAGGGAUCAUUGGCUUUAAAAAAAAAAACUGUAUUGAUUUUUCUAUGUACAUACUUGUUUUUG